AUGGAAACUCAAGAGAAAGCGCUCUCUGUGGAUGAAGAGUACGAUUUGUGGAAAUCUAACGUUCCAUUAAUGUAUGACUUUGUUAGCGAAACGCGUUUAACAUGGCCAUCGUUAAGUGUCCAGUGGCUUCCUACGCCUAUUCAAGAAGCAGAAGGUGGAUUUAUUAGGCAAGAAUUGAUCAUUGGUACGCAUACAUCUGGUGAAGAAGAAAACUAUUUGAAGUUCGCCGAAAUCAAUAUACCAAAGGAAAUUUUGAAUAAUCAAGACCCACAAGAAGAAGCAGAAGAGGAUGAUAAGGCUACUUUAAAUGCUCCCAAAUCUAAUAUUAGGAUAACUGCUAAGUAUGUGCAUGAGGAAGAAAUCACUAGAGCCCGAUAUAUGCCUCAAAACCCUGAUUUUGUAGCCACUUUAAAUGGACAAGGUACAGUAUUCCUUUACUCUCGGUCAGGGGGCCUACAGUCCACACUAAAAUUUCAUAAAGAUAACGGUUAUGCUUUGUCAUUCAAUGCUCUCGUUGAAGGACAAUUACUAUCGGGCUCGGAUGAUCAUACUGUCGCCCUAUGGGAAGUGGGCAGUAAUAGUACUUCCAUAAGUCCGGUACGAACCUGGAAUGACUUACAUUCUGAUAUCGUUAAUGAUAUCAAAUGGCAUAAUUUCAAUGAAAAAUUGUUUGGCACUGUUUCAGAAGAUUCUCUUUUGAAAAUCAAUGACGUCAGGGCUCACAAUAUCACUAUCGAUGCUGUGAAAUGCCCGCAACCUUUUAACACAUUAGCAUUUAGUCAUCAUUCUUCAAAUUUACUGGCGGCGGCUGGUAUGGACUCACAUGUUUACCUCUAUGAUUUGAGAAACAUGCGAGAACCAUUACACCAUAUGUCGGGCCAUGAAGAUGCAGUAACCAACAUAGAAUUCUCAACCCACGUCGAUGGCGUAGUUGUUUCAAGUGGGUCAGAUAAUAGGUUGAUUAUGUGGGACUUGAAACAAAUCGGGGCAGAACAAACACCUGAUGAUGCAGAAGAUGGUGUUCCUGAAUUGAUCAUGGUCCAUGCAGGUCACAGAAGUUCUGUGAACGAUUUUGAUUUAAACGCACAAAUACCUUGGUUGGUAGCAAGUUCUGAAGAAGAGAAUAUUUUACAAGUUUGGAAGUGUUCGCAUAAUUUGCCCAUCGUGGGUGGUCCACCAAAGGUAAAUAAAGAUAUUAUAAGCUAA